UUGAUGUCCCCAUCUUUUGGAAGUUUCUUGUUAUUUUCCGAUUAGAUGUGUUUCCAUUGAUUUUUCCCUAGUUCUUCUCUUGUCCUCACUAUAAUUUAUAUGGAAUUCUGCAAAAAAAAAACUCGUUUUUUCCCUCACAUCGUUUAUCACACCUUUGUGAUUUUUUUAUGGUGCAGUGGAAUGGGUGCAGAGGCGAAGAAGGCUUUGAUAAAGAAGCUGAGGAAGAAUUCUUCUCAGCUAUCCAUCUCCCGGCGCGCCAAUGAAUCCUCUGACUUCUUGCCUUUAGAAGGGGGUCCUGGGAGGAAAAUUUCUGAGCCAGAAGAACCCGUGAAAGAAACCGCGACGGUGUUGUAUAUUGGUCACAUACCUCAUGGAUUCUAUGAGGAGCAAAUGGAAGGAUUCUUUCGGCAAUUUGGGAAAAUCAAGAGAUUAAGGACUGCACGCAACAGGAAGUCAGCUAAUCCCUUGGGCUGGAGGAGGGAUCACCUAGGUUCUUUGACAACUGCGAUUCUUAGAUAUUGGAAAGCUCUGAUACUUAAUUGCAUGCCUGCACCAGACAUAUGUAGAAAAGACCAAGCCAAGACAGGAAAAUCAAAACACUAUGGAUUUCUUGAAUUUGAAAACCCUGAGGUGGCCAAGGUUGUGGCUGAUGAGAUGAACAAUUACCUACUAUUUGAGCAUAAUCUCCAACUCAGUCUUAUUCCACAAGAGCGUGUUCAUCCAAAACUGUGGAAAGGAGUAAACCGAAGAUUCAAACCAUUGGAUUGGAAAGCAAUUGCACGGAAACGGCAUAACAAGGAAAGAACCAUGGAAGAACACCAGCGGAUGGUGCAAGGAAUUUUAAAACGAGAUGAGAAGCGGCGUAAGCAGAUAAAGGCUGCUGGUAUUGAUUAUGAAUGCCCAGAUUUUGUUGGUGUCAUUCAACCAGCACCGAAGAAGAUCAAGUUUGAUGAAGAAGAGGACUAGAAAAGGAUAGUCUGCAUCAACUUAUCUAGGGAUUUGUUUAGAGCAUGGCUAAGGGUGCCCAUCCUUGUUUACGCUAUGCUACGGGGAUGUGAUCUUCCUCUCUUACUGUUGGUUUCUCCCACCCGGAAGAUUGAAGUGCAUCAAAGUGCGAGCUCGAGUCUGCCCCUUUUUGGUGAUCAUCUUAAAUGGGUGAGACUUGUACCUGGUGGCAGAUGAUUAGGAUAUUCUUCGAAAAUAUUAAGUCAGAAUUUUUGAAAAUUGAUAUAAUAUUCCUGGUUGCAUGUUCCUCCAAACGCCUGGGUCAUUUGAAUGGAGCGUUAUGAUUAAUACUUCCUAGUUUAUUACACCUGUUUCUUCUAUA